AUGGCUCGACCCAUGGGGUCAGUCCGUCUCAAGAAGGCGAAUCCUUUGACCCUCCUUCUUGGCGCCGUUCUCUGCAUCUUCAUCUUCUUCUUCCUCGUCUCACCCUCCAGCUCCGGCUCGACACGUCGCGUCCCGUCGGUUACGGCUGAACAUCACCUUUCACCGCCUACGUCGCCGUACAAGAAGCCCAGCGGACGGUCUGGGAGCGAGCUUGGGCCGCCGCCCGUCACGAAAUACAACCUUAAUCAUGUCACCGUCACGUCGAACCCGGUCCAGAACCGCGAGCACAUCCUGAUCCUUACCCCGAUGGCGCGUUUCUAUCAAAAGUACUGGGACAACCUGCUGCGAAUGAACUACCCGCACGAGCUCAUCACCCUCGGCUUCAUUCUCCCCAAGACGAAAGAAGGCAACGCGGCCACGGCGGCCCUUCAGCAGCAAAUCGAGAAGACGCAGAAGCGCGGCCCUGAGAAGGAUCGUUUCAAGAGCAUCAUCAUCCUGCGGCAGGAUUUCGAUCCUGCCCUUGCCUCGCAGGAUGAGAGCGAGCGCCACAAGAUGUCGAACCAAAAGGCGCGCCGAGCCGUCAUGGCCAAAGCGCGCAACUCGUUGCUCUUCACCACGCUCGGUCCAGCUACUUCAUGGGUGCUGUGGCUCGACUCCGAUAUCGUCGAAUCCCCGCCCACUUUGAUCCAGGAUCUUGCCAAGCACGACAAGCCCCUCAUCGUCGCCAACUGCUUCCAGCGAUACUACAAUGAGGAGAAGAAGAAGAUGGAUGAGCGUCCGUACGACUACAACAGCUGGCAGGACAGCGACAUUGCCAAGAACAUGGCAGCCACCAUGGGGCCCGACGACAUUUUGUUAGAGGGAUACGCGGAAAUGGCGACAUAUCGUACCCUGAUGGCGCACAUGUCCUCCGAGGGCGGCGACACGGAUCUCGUUGUUCCUCUCGAUGGCGUUGGCGGCACAGCCCUUCUGGUCAAGGCUGACGUCCACCGCGACGGCGCCAUGUUCCCGCCCUUUGCGUUCUAUCAUCUCAUUGAGACGGAGGGCUUCGCACGCAUGGCGAAGCGUCUAGGAUGGCAACCAUACGGCCUUCCUAACUACAGGGCGAGUAUCCCGCUUCUUUACUGGGUUGCGAUGUCCGGCUAA